CUCUCUCUUCAACGUGCGAGCGGUUCUGUGGCAUUCUACAGCUCCGACGCGACAGCUACGCCAACUUCAGCCUCGUGCCGCCUGCUCGUUUGCUGGCGUCACGACUGCGGCACACAGGCACUCCUCUCUACCGGCCUCGAUAACACACGCUGCCAGACUUUCGCGACGGAGGGCAACACAUCGCCAGGGCAAUACACGCGGAAGCGAAUCCGGUUUUUUUUUUCUUUUUCACCUCACUUUUAUUUUUCACUCUCCGAGUCUCAUCGGUUGUUCGUUGCUGCGACCAACGCGCACAAGCACGCAGUACCCAUUCCUGCCCUGAACGAAUUAUAAACCGGUACUUGGUUUAUCAACGUUUAACUGCUCAAUUUAGACGAAGGAGACGUGCAAAUACGGCUUGUUUUUUCUUGCUCUUGUUUUUUGUAUUCCGUUCAUUGUCAAGCGGCGGAUUUGGCACCGACAAACAUGCCGCACACCGAAGCAGCAGACGACAGGCAGACGAGGCAAGGCGACCGGAAAACCACAAUUAGAAAGCCAAUCCUGCAGCUCGUCAGGGGCACUCCAUUCGCACCAGCUUUUCUUCGCGAGUGCAUCGAGUCGGCCAUGGACUACGCGCACAGAGAGGGCGACCUGUUCAUCGUCACCUACAUGAAAUGCGGCACCACGUGGUUGCAGCACAUCGUGUACCUCAUCCAAAACGGCGGCGUGCCUCCGGUCAACGCAGCCGAGCUCUACGGCGCGUCCCCGUACUUCGAGGCCUGCGGCGCGGAGUGCGUCCGUUGGACGACGAGACCCGGCGCCAUCAAGAGUCACCUGCCACUGCAUCAAACGGGGUACUCGCCGGAGGCGCGCUACAUAGUCGGGAUCAGGAAUCCUUUCGACACGCUGGUGUCGUUGCACCACUUUUGGCGCAUGAUAUCGUCGUACGAGUACGACGGAGACUUCGACGACUCCUUCGAAAACUUCGUGGCUGGUACCGUGGACAGCGGGGACUACUUCGACUUCUACAAAGGCUGGUGCCGACGCAUCGGUGAUCCAAACGUGCUCUUUCUCGUCUACGAAGACAUGAGGAAGGACCCCGAGGCAGCCGUGCUGAAGGUCGCGAAGUUUCUCGGGCCCGAGUACGAGGAGAGCCUGCUGGCCGAUGACGGCAGGGUUCUCAAGGACGUGCUCAGGUACAGCAGUUUCGAGGAGAUGAAGAAGUGCACUAACAAGAUGAUCUACGACUUUUACGAAGCGGAGUUCCCGUUCCGAGGAGAAGAGUACAGAGGUCUUCGCCAUGUACACGAAACCGUUCGCAACGGUUGCGGCUCUGCCGGUGGUGGCGGAACCGGAAGUUUGGCGGACAAGAUAGACUACGUGCGCAAGGGAGUCGUCGGCGACUGGAGGAACUAUUUCUCCAGCGAACAAGUGAGGCGGAUGAGCGAGAAGUUCCAGCGAGAAACCUGUGACACCGUAAUUGCCUACCUGUGGCCAGAGCUGAACAUUGGCAGCCGAGAGAGCGAGAGAGUACUUGAUGGCCGUAAACUCGAUCGCUUGGCGAAGGCGGCCGCCGUACCGCUGCUCCUGGACGUCAACCACGACUACACCGUGCGCCUCAAGGAACGGGUGCAGGUGACGCACAACACGCGGCUUCUACGCUUCGAGCUGCCCAGCGAGAACCAGGUGCUUGGCUGUGCCGUCGGCCAACACGUGUACCUGUGGACGCGCCUAGGGGAGCGUCUGCUGGUGCGCCCGUACACGCCGGUCAGCCCGCGCGACCAGCGUGGCAGCUUCGACAUCAUCGUCAAGGUGUACCGGCAAGGAACCUCCCUCUCUUUCCCGGAUGGCGGGAUCAUGUCGCAGACUCUGGAUAGCCUGAUGCCCGGCGACCCCAUACAGGUCCAGGGUCCGAAGGGUGAGUUCGAGUACGUUGGUGGCGGCCGGUUCAUAAUGGAGAACGGUAGCAUGCUGUGCCUCGCCUCGCAUAUCGGCUUGGUGGCCGCUGGCUCGGGCGUGACGCCCAUGCUGCAGCUGCUGCGCCACAAGUUCGCCGACCCAAAUGACGUCACGCGCAUCUUUAUGAUUAACGUGAACCACUCCGAGAAGGACAUCAUUAUGCACCAGGAGCUCAAGGAUUAUGCCAAGCACCAGCGGAGGACAUUCAGGCUCUGCAACGUGCUGACCGAGAUGCCCGUUCGCAACGUGCUGAAGAAGACGCACGAGGAUUACGUGGAGGGCCCGCUGACGCAGAGCAUCAUGGAGGAGUACCUCCCGCCGCCCUCCUCGUACAGCAUCAUCCUCAUCUGCGGGCCGCCUCGAAUGAUCAGCGAGUUGUGCCAACCCGCGCUGCGAAACAUCGGCCACGACAGGCUCCGCGUGCUCGUCUACUGAACGCGUCCACCGUCCGUGUUUCCACGCCCCGCGGCUGUCUUCACCUCUUUCUUUCUUUUGUGCCUAUCUUCCGGUGCGAGUUUCACGCUGCCGGACAACAUGAUGGCUGCGCACAAUUUGCGACGGGAAAUAAAAACAAGCGUUAUGUCCCCGUC